GCGGCAACAAUGCUGCUCCUCCUCGUCGCCCUCCUCGCGGCGCCCACGGCGGUUGCCGGCGGCGAGAAGAUCCCGACGCUGGUGUUCAUCCUGGCGGGGCAGUCCAACAUGGGGGGCCGGGGCGGCGCCACGGUGGGCGGCAGGUGGGACGGGUACGUCCCGCCGCAGUGCGCCCCGUCCCCGCGCACCCUGCGCCUCUCCCCGGCGCUGCAGUGGGAGGAGGCCCGCGAGCCGCUCCACGCCGGCGUCGACGUCGGCAACGUGCUGGGGGUCGGCCCCGGCAUGCCGUUCGCGCACGCGGUGCUGCGGUCCGCCAGGGUGCCCAAGGGCAGCGUGGUGGGGCUGGUGCCGUGCGCGCAGGGCGGCACGCCGAUCGCCAACUGGUCGCGGGGCACGGACCUGUACGACCGCAUGGUCACCCGCGCCAGGGCCGCCGUGGCCGGCACCGGGGGGCGCGGGAGGCUGGCGGCGAUGCUGUGGUUCCAGGGGGAGACGGACACCAUCAGGAGGGAGGACGCGCUGGCCUACGCCGGCCGCAUGGAGGCCAUGGUCCGCGACGUCCGGCGGGACCUCGCCAUGCCCGACCUCCUCGUCAUCCAGGUUGGGAUCGCGACGGGGCAGGGCAAGUUCGUGGAUCUGGUGCGGAAGGCGCAGCGGGCGGUGAGGGUGCCCAACCUCAGGUACGUGGAUGCCAAGGGGCUCCCCAUCGCCAACGACUACACGCACCUCACCACCCAGGCACAGGUCCGCCUCGGCGCCAUGCUCGCCGAAGCUUACCUCGCCACGCUCCACUGAUUCGUUCUC